UUUGUUGGUGGGAAGCGGCGGUACCGCGCGUCACUUUGCUUCUUUCCGUGUGUGUUGUGCGUGCAUGUGUGCUGCGGCGUGCUAUGGCUCUCACGGCGGUGAUACGACCGCCAGUUCGAUGGAUUCAGCUCGGUGAUUACUUCUUGCUGUUUGCAUCGCUGUGGACAUUGGUAUCAGCAUCUUCACAUCUCCCUUUGUUGUCAGGCACUUUGAAGACGUUUCAAAAGUUCGCCUGCGAUGGUCAAGACCUUCACCUUCGGUGCUUCAAGAACACCACCAUCUCCAUCUCGCUGGCACAGUAUGGAAGGAACGUUCCUUACGGAGCGCUCUGUCCCCCGGAUGAGGAGAAGCAGCGGCCGGCGGAGUACAAUGGCACAACGGAGUGCAUGGCCAAGGAGGCUUUGCGGGUAGUGGAAGAAGCUUGCCGAGAACAGGAAGAGUGUUCUAUACGAACCGACGCAAAAUCCUUCAUGGUGGACCCCUGCCCAGGGGUCCACAAGUACGCAGAAGUUGCCUACAAAUGCCGCCCUAGUACGUUUAGCAACCGAAUUACAUGCGAAGAUGAUAAACUAAGGCUACGCUGCCACAAAAACCUCCGGAUAGUCAUCUACUCGGCUGCUUUUGGAGGGACGCAUCAAGGAGUACCUGAAUGUCCUCAACCAGAAGGGGCCAAGUUCACUGACUGCCAGGUGAGCUACGCCACGGAGACCGUGUUGACUAGUUGCCACGGGAGGAGGAAGUGCGUUAUAGCUGCAGACACGGGAACGUUUGGUAACCCUGGCUGUCACAAGGAUAUGAAGCUGUAUCUUAAAGUGGUCUACACCUGUGUGCCUAAGGAAAUCCUCAAAGAGCUGGAUAUUGGUGGCAGUGACCGUGAAAGUGGUGACGAAGAUGAAGAAGGCUAUGUUGAAGAGGCGCGCUAUGACCCUUCUAGCCACAGUCCUCAUGACAUCACACAUCCAACGGGCAAGCCUCUUCCUGGUGCACCUAUGGAUCAUAACCAAAUACCCGUAGGAACCAAGAAACUUGAAGUACAAAGUGACGAAAACACAGAAGAAGACCUCAAACAUGUGAAUUGCACAUUAAGCAGUGCAGACCAUCGUGCUGUUGGCUUCCUAACGGAAUGGGUGGCUGCAUAUAAGUUUAUCAAAAAAAACAAGGAGAAGUUUAUCCUCUACACAACAUUAAGCUUGGGCUGUGGCCUGCUGGCGUUCCUGGUAGUGCUCUCAGCGCGGCUGUAUUUCCAAAGACGGCUGGAGCGCCGCCGUGUCAAGAAGAAAGUGCCAGUACCUCUGACGUGUUCAUUCGACGACUCUGACGGUGGAGACCAGUUUGACAUCACCUCAGGGCCGCUGCACACGGGAACUAUUGAGGUGGUGCGUUAUGCCAACCGGACAGGUAUGCGUAGGCAAGACAGUGACACGUAUCCGCGAGCGCCAAUGUCUUCGCGCUCCGUCAACAACUACUACUACAGUUAGUAGUUGCUCUGUUGUGGUGUACAGAAUUCUCUUCUGCUUGAGUGCAAUUUACACGUGGUCACAAGUUCCAUUCGUGCAAGGAGCACGGUCAGUGCUGGUAUCAGUGAUUAUGGGGGCGUGGACGGACAACGCAUUACAGUACAAAAUGUGUGAAUCUGGUGUCAAGUCGAAGGAUUUCUUCCUAAUCACAACAGCAGGUGGGCUCGGCUGACAUGUAGAAAUAUUUAUUCAGGCCCAUACCUGGACGACUGACAAAUGACGAAGGCUUGUUGCAAAAGUGGACAUUGUACACCGCGUCGUGCUACAAAGCUGUUCUUUUUUUUCCUCCUUUCUAUAGAUGGACACCUUACGACAAGAGUACCUGGGGUAAUUGUUGUAAGCCUUGCGGAGCAUUGAAGUCCGUAUUGUCUUUGUGAUUUUCGACGGUUCACUACUUGAAGGAUAACUGUGUCACUUAUCCGGUGUCUAGCUUUUCCCCUCACAUGGCCAAAUGGAGCAGGUUGCAUACUUGCUCCAGAUGGGCUUUUUGCCAAUGGUUUUGUCUUUCAUUGCCACUGACUGUGUGUAUAUGUGCAAUCACAUCAGCAAUGAUGUCCAGCAGCAGGGCCAUGAUCACAAAAAUGCCAUAUUCAUUCACACACUCCUUGUGCAAUACCACCCUGCAUUCAUGCUGCAAAACUCUGGAGGUACACAGUGUCUGUGUGCAGCAUACGUAUUAUUUUACAUUCACGCCUCUUCGACGUUAGCUGUGAUCAAAUCCGCACUGAGGCUUUGUUACACUUCACGACACUCACCAUCGACAAACAUUAUCAUUGAUACUGGAUAUGACAUCAUCAAUCUGUGUAAUAUACUAUUGUGUUUUUUUAGGUCCCAUUGCUGCACGAACAUGCUAUAAAUUAUUCAACGAAGUCACUUAGGUUUUGCUGCUUUGUGGAGUCAUAGCAUACUGAAGCAUCGAAAGCAUCACUGGUUUUUAAACUGAAGGGUUUCUUAGUAAUGAGAGGAACUUCGAUGUCUGAUAAGUGUGACUACAGUGAAAGCAGAUCCUCAAGUAUUAGUAUGCAGGGAUGUCAUGGCACCUUAAAUGGUUAAGGCUGCUCUAGAACUGACAGUAUACAGAUAGAGCCUGAAGUUUUAUGGUUUAACCCAAGUCUUCCCCGAACUUGCACCCCGAAUUGAAGGUUACCUCUCUAGGGUGAAACCUACCCACCAAAUUGCCCUCACUGAGAUGUCUGUAGGAAUACACACUACCUUGUUUGGCAGCCAACAACAACUUUAUUGUGCAGAAAAUGCAGUUAGAUCACUGUUUAUACUACAACCAGUAUGGUUAGCUUGAGUAAAGGAGCCCGAUUUCUCCCUGAAUAUAGCAUAAUGGAAGUUUUCCCACUCGAAUUCGAAUGAAUUUAGAGCACAUGUUUAUUUACCCGAUUUUUACCCCCAAAUUUAGAAAAAAAAUAUUUCUCCAAAACUUCAGGCUCUACUUACAGAUGACUGCAACACAAAGCCAUUUGAGAGCACCUUUGUAUUGUAGUGUGUUGUAAUUACAGUAUGAAGUAUUAUUUUGGUGUCUUUGCUCCUUGCAGCUACAUUAACAGCGUUCCAGGUCAUCAGCACCCGGGAGCCUUUACAACAACAGUCUUAGGGUGGUGGGGUAUUUUGGAAAAGGGUACUGGAUUGUACUGAAACCUUGCACAUAGCUCUGCAUUCAAUCAUUAAUUUAAAACAGUGCUUCUCAAACUUGUCCACUCUGUGCCCCAUCAAAAAUUUAAGAUAUUACGUCGCGACCUCCCCCGUUUAGUGCAUGAACAGUAACACACAAAACUGACGCCGAGAUGUAAUUUGGCAGUUAACAUAGUCUGUCAGUCAGUUAGUCAGCUAAACUAGAAACCAUCGCAAAAAGAAGAAGAUGCAUGCAAGCAGUGCAAGCAGGAAUGGCUUUUCCAAAUGACAAAAGUGAGCUUGUUUGUUAAACCUCAGGGUCCCCUACCACAAGCUUUUUUGUGACGUAGAAUAGCGGGCAGUGCAUGGUUUAGGGAUGUCACUUGCUGUCCCUUUAUUUUUUUCACUUCCCGAGCCGCUUGUCAUCCUCGUAGGGGUCUCGACUGACAGUUCGUGAAACACCGCUUUAAAGAAAGCCUCGAGAGGUACUAAGAGGGUUGACACCCUGAGAUGUUGAUGUUGGGGGAUGCAGCUGAGCUAUGGAAUUAUUGCAGCACAGGUGAACGUGAAUAUUUCUUCUGCACGCACAUAUGUCACAUUGACGCACAAGGUUCGAUUCGAGAGCUUCUGUGUAACCAAAUACUCAAUGGUGAAUUUUCUUUUCAUGGCAACAUGACACUCUAUAGCCAAACUGGUAUAAGUCUAUUGGGGGGACGAAUUAAAGGUUUGGCAAGAGUAUUGAGGUAUAAAUAAAGUUACCAACAUUCCACUCAAUUUGUUCUAAGAGUCGUUCAGUACAAUUUCAGGCAAAAACAGUUCCACCCGGAACAGGGCUGCAGCUGAUGCUGCGUCAUGCAUGUGGCUUUACUGAUAAUGAUAAUUUAUGGGUUUAUGUCACUAGACAGGUGACAGUGGGAUACUGCAAAAGUAUUCUAAGUACAAGAAAAAAAAACAAAAAUCCUUGCUGGGAAGUUUCCUGUCCCUACGACUCCAAGAAGUAGGAGUGUAUGUUGAGUUGCUAGCAAUAUCUGCCUCAAAUGUAGAAGUAUAAGAUAACUAAGAUUUACAAAGCGUCUUUUCCGUCCCACUGCGUUUUGUAAUUGCUGUAUUGUAUAGGCUUUGAUGCUGCUGUGGAGCCUACAAACAAGCGCCAGUACCGAUGAAGAUUUUAGCACUUAGAAACACGGCCUGUCGUUGCAAGGGUAUCAACAGACUUCGUCACUUUGCACAGCUGCCAUGAUUGUGGAACGAGCGCGAUGUAUAUGUGUAUAUUUAUACAGUGAACCGUAUAGCUAGUCUGAUUCACAUGUGCCAAUUUUAUGAGGAACCACAAGCGUAACAAUUAUGUUUCAGAGUAACAUAUCUGAAUCUCGUAUGUAAGAAGCAAGAAUAUUCACGGGUUUCCAAUGAUGUCCUGGUUUCCUUUCCUUAUAGUUUGCGGGACUGUUGAAUAUUGUACAUACGCGGAAAAAAAAUAUUUGUAUUGUGCAGAGAGGAUUUAAACAUUUGACACAGCCACAUAUUUUGUAAGAUAGCGUCUGUUUGCAAUAUUUCUAUGAGGACACUGAUGUUAAUAAAGAAAUAAGAGUA